CAGAAUUUCUUGUGUGCAAAUUAUUGAGGGAGGCGUGGCCCACUCACCGUACAUAACGUACCUCUCCACCCUCGCCCCUCUCCUUCGGUGCCUGUCAACUGGAUCACAAAUGCAAAGUUUGCAUGGCGAACGCGAUUUGACCUGAGGUGCCGUGGAACGCUGCUGCGUUAUUGAUGAGUUCAGAGGCCACGUAAAGUUCCAGUAUCCUGCAGAUCAAGAGGAGUUGCACCCCUGCCCAAGAGAAAUGGCAGGCGCUUCGUUUUACCCCGGCUCUUGGGAGAUCGUAAGGUCCGAUUUACAUGGCAGUUCCCUCGGGAAAACCGGAAUUGAGGGGACUAAAUUCCACUUUGAGGACACUGGGGAUGUUAGAUGGGACGUGCCGGAGGGCGUCGAGCAGUUGCCGCUCUUCAACUGUGACACUUAUGAAGUCUUUUCGGUGUCCAUCCAUGGCAUUGUCAUUCGCUUUGGUACUUUUGCCGGGCAUGUUUUUGAAUUUAGAGUGAUGGAUCAGGUGGCAGUGCCUGAUUCUCAGAGUUUUCUGAACCUAAUCUGCGAAGACUGGUGCACUUUGUAUUGCCAGAGACUGACCGUCAGCCAGCCCAAGGCUCCCACUGAUUUUCCCUUCUCUCUCCUAUCUGCUUUGAAUGAGGGUUUCUUCUCAGACGUUACUAUUGAGGCUGAAAAUCACAAAACAUUCCAGGCGCACAGCUGCAUAUUAAUGAUUGGAUCGCCGGAGCUCGAGUGGCAAUCUUGGCUCGAAAAAAGGGAACAGGCGACCAAUGCGUCUGACGCAACAGCCCCUGCACCACCACUGUCGGGUCUGCCUGAAGACGUUCUUGCCACGGUCCUGCACUACAUCUACAGUUUAAGUUUGCCGCUUGAUCUUUCGGAGGAAACAGCCCUCCGAUGCAUAGAAUCCGUCGGCACCCUGCCUGGGUUCCACCCGCUGGCCUCUAAGUGUCAAGCAUAUCUGAAUAACAUGACCCUCAGAAAUAAAAUAAUGGCCUUGAUAGGAGAAAUGCACUCUAGUCUUGAAACAGUGAUAAAUUACUUCAGUUCCAAAGCAUCCCCUGGAAACUACGGUGCGGCAGAAAACUUAGGAAGCAAUCCCGCUAGACUUUGUAACACCCUCAAACAAUCUACUCGCGAAUUUUUUGUUGUGUUAAUCAAGCUAGUGAUGUUUUGUGAACUUUUCAACAAGGAGAAGGCGGAUCUUUCGACUGACGACCAGCACGAAAUCAUUAGCUUUGCUAAAUCGUAUCUGCCAAUAUUUUUGAGCCAACUGAGCCAAAUUUUGCAAGGACUGAAAGCAGUCUUCAAUGCCAUGUCAGCCAGUCAACGGAAUGAGCUGGCCAUGUACUUAGUUCUGGAGAUAGAUAACCAUUUUGAAGUGAUUUUGACUGUCGCAGAGGAGAUUAAAAGUGCAAUUGAACAGAUCAUCAUAACCCUGAUGUCACCCACUGAGAACAAUCAGAAAAACAAUCUCGAAGGAGUAGAGUCGAUUGGUGGAGUUUUGCAAAGGACUCUGAAAAAUCGGGAGCUCUCUAGGAUCCGAAGCGUACACCAAGAAUUAAAUUGCAGCCUUAUCCAUUUUGACCAGAAAAAGGAAAGAUUUUUGAGCAUGACUACAGCAAACAAAGUGAGGUCUGUGUCGAGGAAUGUGGAGCAGCUUACUGAAGAGCUGCCAAUUUUUUUGCUGCGGCUGGAGGAGGUGAUGGCAGCAUUGGAGGAGAAAUUUGAGUGGAGGGACUUUAAAUUUUGCUUUAGAGAUGGUGCCUCAAAAGUGUCUGGAGUUUUGCAUAAAUUAUUGACCCACCGAGCUGCUGUUUACAAAACUAUGGAGCACUUGAGCGAAUUGGUUCAAAGGGACUCCUUCACCAAUUCCCUAAUUUCUCUCGGCCUUCUUGACCCACCAGCCCAGUCGCUCGACUCCACUAGCCAAGCUUUUUUCAACACUGCUUUCGGAUCAUAUAAUGCAACCCAGACUCAGCCUGAAUUUCAUGUUUUGCAGCUCAACCUAGUCAAAAGCUUUCGAGUGCCUCAGUUAGCUAUGGAUAGUAAACUAUCAGAAAGCGUUCUGGAGCUCCUGAAGUCGGAGCGUGAUACGGACAUGCUUUUUGAAGUUGUCAACUCUGCGCCAGAUCUUAGAGAAACUGCUGAUGUGUCUGAACCAACGGAACAAACUGCACCAGAAGUGCAUGUUUUCAAGGCUCACAGAGUGAUUGUGGCUGCCAGAUGCGACUGGUUCCGAAGGGCACUUUUGUCUGGCAUGAGAGAGUCGAUUGACAGGAAAAUUGUGGUGCAUGACACGAGCCACUCUCUGUUCAAAAUCUUCCUUGAGUAUCUGUACUGCGGGCGACUAGACGCUGCCAACUUGUCGUUGGACCAACUGACAGAUCUGAUGCUGUUGGCUGACAGGUACGAGUUGGAUAGCCUGAAGCAGGCCUCGGAACAGGCGCUCCAGGGUUAUGUUGAUGAGGAAACGGCUCUUUGUCUGCUCAGCAUGUCCGAGCAAAUAAAUGCAAGGCUGCUGAGAGACUCUUGCAUUUUCUUCAUUUCCUCACAUCCCGAUGUGAUGGAAACUGAGCUGUUCGAGGAGCUGCCGCACUGCCUGCAAGCGGAGGUGUACAAAGCCAGAAGUUCUUGGGCAAAACCAAAGAGACCCAAGAAGCAGAACUCCUCUGAUCGACUUUUGGGACUUCGCAGUCGCAGCUCUUCCCCGACCUCAGCUGGUUCCAGCAUUGCCGAUCUGGAUGAUUUUGCCUACCAAAUUCAGCUUGAUCCAGAAGAAUCAGCAAGACAGAUAUCCGAAGGCCUUUUGCCAAAUGGAUCGCGGCUGAACAACUGCUUGGAGCAGUUGCAAGACAUCGUUGGUCCUGUGAUACCUCGCGAGCGGCUCAUUCAAGUCGUCUUGGCUGCCGACUUCAAUGUAAACCGAGCUCUCAACUUCAUAUUUUCCUUGCCAAAUGAGUCUUCCUUGCUUUGAGUUUCCUGUAGGUACAGUAAGUGCUUCUGCUUUCUUGUAAUUUUCUUUUUUUUUAAUUGUCUUAUAAGCAGGAAAAUUGCAAUAUUUACACACAGUCUAGAUGUUGACUGGCCAUAGAAAGAAAAUAAAAAAAAGAGUCCAUUGACAGUUUUUGAUCAGCUUUCUAAAUCUUAAAUAUAAUGUAGCACCUUUUGUGUUACAUUAAAAUUUACUGAGCGAAAAGAAAAAUGUUGGUCGCACAUAAAAAAAUUACAAAUCACUUUUCCCUCAAAAUUUUUAAAGCCUACCAUGAAUGUCAAAAGGAAUCCUUGUGAAAAGUAGGAUUGCUUUAAAUUUUCGAAUGUGCCUCAUCCUCAGAAGGACUGAAGCUAACUUGCGAACUUGGAAGCAUAAUCUGAGGCACAGUUUAUAUUUAAAAAAAUGCAUACAAAUUACUUGACUUAUUGUCGGACUGCUCUUCAAAGUAUUUAAAGAAGCUUUUCAAAUUUUCUGAAAACAAACAUUCCAUAAUACAUUUAUAGAAUUGCUCUUUUUGAAAUCAUGUAAAAUGGAUUUUGCCAGCUAUAGAAAUUGUCUAUUUAAAAUUGGCGCAUUCUUUGUCGUUGUAAAACUGAUAUGAUAAGUGAUUUUGAAACUAAUCAAUAUCCCUUGAUGCAAUAUAGAGAUAUUAUUAAAAAUUUGUGUAUUUCCAUUAAUGGCUUCAUAUUUAUAGCAAUUAUUAUAUUUGUCUUUAAGUCUCUUAAAUAAAAAUCAAAGUAUUAAAACUUCCAAAAUAAAUAAAAAGAAGUUUUGUU